UCUGCCUGCAGUAGCACAGUCUUCACCAUCAUCACGAUCAACUUCAGUUAAAGCAGCACAGGCGGAGUAGACGUCGGAUGGAGGGCAAACUGUCCACUUGAUUCGCAUCAGUACCCGCGACGGACAAGACCUUUGGGAAUGUUGUUACCUGUAUAUUUUUUUACGGAAUAGGGGCUAAAGUGAGAGUGUUAAUCCAGCGGUAUGAUUCUGAUACCAUUAUGUUGCAUGCACAGUAAGCGUGAUUUGCUAUGGUGAUACUACAAGCUAACCCCAAGCUAGCAGAGGGAUUGUUUUGGGAGAUACCUUUUUGAAGAACUCCUUCGCUGACACAUGAAUUAGACACUUUUUUUGUGAUUUUUCAUCAAGCUGGAACACAAAGGGGAAUGUCUAGCCAAGGAGUUAGGAGGAAUGGCCCAGUGAAGCUGAGGUUGACAGUCCUGUGUGCAAAGAACCUGGCAAAGAAAGACUUCUUCCGGUUGCCAGAUCCUUUUGCCAAAGUAGUGGUGGACGGCUCAGGACAAUGCCACUCAACGGAUACUGUGAGAAAUACGCUUGACCCAAAGUGGAACCAACAUUAUGAUCUAUACAUUGGAAAGGCAGACUCAAUCACCAUCAGCGUAUGGAACCAUAAGAAGAUCCACAAAAAGCAGGGUGCAGGCUUCCUGGGCUGUGUUCGCCUCCUAUCCAACGCCAUCAACAGGCUGAAAGACACUGGCUAUCAGAGACUGGAUCUGAAUAAGCUGGGCCCCAAUGACAACGAUACUGUGAGAGGACAAAUAGUCGUGAGUCUUCAGUCCAGAGAUCGCAUUGGGACAGGAGGGCCGGUGGUGGACUGCAGUCGCCUGUUUGACAAUGAUUUACCUGAUGGUUGGGAGGAGAGGAGGACAGCCUCUGGAAGGAUACAGUACCUGAACCACAUCACACGUACCACGCAAUGGGAGAGACCUACCAGGCCGGCGUCGGAGUAUUCCAGCCCAUCAGGGCGUCCGCUGAGCUGUGUGGUGGACGAGAACACGCCAGUGAUGACGCCUGUAAAUGGGGCUGAGGCCAGCGGCCCACCGGGCGAACAGCGGAUCCAGGAGAGACGCGUUCGAUCACAGCGGCAUCGUAAUUACAUGAGCCGAACACACCUGCAUACACCACCGGACCUGCCUGAGGGUUAUGAGCAAAGAACGACUCAGCAGGGUCAGGUGUACUUCCUCCACACACAGACUGGAGUCAGCACCUGGCAUGACCCCCGCGUGCCCAGAGACCUCAGCAAUGUGAACUGUGAGGAGCUGGGCCCACUGCCACCCGGCUGGGAGAUCAGAAACACAGCCACAGGCAGAGUCUACUUCGUCGACCACAACAACCGAACAACACAGUUCACCGACCCACGACUAUCUGCUAACCUGCAUCUAGUUCUCAACCCAAGUCCAAAUGGUUCCCGUGUGGCCAUGGAAAGCCAAAACACUAACCUCAGUCAUCCGCCUCAGCUGAAGGACCAAGGUGGUCCUGGGGCUCCUCAGCAACCUCUGUCCCCAGCCCAGCUGCCUGAAGAGGCAGAGUGCCUGACGGUGCCCAAAUACAAGAGGGACCUGGUGCAGAAGCUAAAGAUCCUGCGGCAGGAGCUUUCUCAGCAGCAGCCCCAGGCCGGCCACUGCCGCAUCGAGGUCUGCCGCGAGGAGAUAUUUGAGGAGUCAUACCGGCAAGUGAUGAAGAUGCGUCCAAAGGAUCUCUGGAAAAGACUGAUGAUCAAAUUCAGAGGAGAAGAGGGACUGGACUAUGGUGGGGUUGCAAGGGAGUGGUUAUACCUACUGUCCCACGAGAUGCUGAACCCUUACUACGGCCUGUUCCAGUAUUCUAGAGAUGACAUCUACACUCUGCAGAUUAACCCCGACUCUGCUGUCAACCCGGAGCACCUGUCGUACUUCCACUUUGUGGGUCGCAUCAUGGGCAUGGCGGUGUUCCACGGCCACUACAUUGACGGAGGCUUCACGCUGCCCUUCUACAAACAGCUGCUGGGCAAACCGAUCACGCUGGACGAUAUGGAGUCAGUUGACCCCGACCUCCACAACAGCCUUGUCUGGAUCCUGGACAAUGACAUCACUGGUGUGCUGGACCACACUUUCUGUGUGGAGCACAAUGCCUACGGAGAAAUCAUCCAACACGAAUUGAAACCCAACGGCAAGAGUAUCCCUGUCUCAGAGGACACCAAGAAGGAGUAUGUCAGGUUGUAUGUGAACUGGCGUUUCCUGCAUGGCAUCGAGGCUCAGUUUCUGGCUCUGCAGAAAGGCUUCAAUGAGGUUAUUCCUCAGCAUCUGCUCAAAUCCUUCGAUGAGAAAGAGCUGGAGUUGAUAGUGUGUGGCCUGGGAAAGAUCGACAUCUCCGACUGGAAGUCCAACACCCGUCUGAAGCACUGCACCCCAGACAGCAACAUCGUCAAGUGGUUUUGGAAAGCUGUGGAGUCAUUUGAUGAGGAGAGGCGGGCCCGGCUUCUGCAGUUUGUUACUGGAUCAUCCAGAGUCCCGCUGCAAGGCUUCAAGGCUUUACAGGGUGCUGCUGGGCCCAGACUCUUCACCAUUCAUCAGAUUGAUGCUAACACCAACAACCUGCCCAAAGCCCAUACCUGCUUCAAUCGGAUUGACAUUCCGCCCUACGAGAGCUACGACAAGCUCUACGACAAGCUGCUGACGGCGAUCGAGGAGACCUGCGGCUUCGCAGUGGAAUGAGAGACACGUCGGAGAGUGUGUUUGUGUGUGAACAUGUGUUACUGUGUGCAGGACUCUUGAAGGACUAUUAUCGUGACUGCGACGUGCCGACAGGCUCGCUCAGAGACUGAUACGAGCCUUCGACCAGCCUGCAGUCUUCCUCUUCUCUCACCGCUCUCCACAUUCUUCCCAUAUCGAAAUCUGUCUGAACAGCUGCUAGAGAGUCAUCCUGUUAUCGAUUUUCUAUUCAUUUUUAUGUUUUGGUAUUUUUUAAAAUUUAUUUUGGUGUAGUUUGUGUGAAAUAAGGAGAGCAAAUUAAGAGCUGCAGCAUUCAGUAAAAGAACCUGCCCGAUCACCUCACCUAAAAUCCAAUCAAAUCAGGAUGCGGUUAUUAACUUCCAGAUCAACAACUUUCAAAAGUGUUACUUUGGAAAAAAAAAAAAAAAAAAGACUCCUCCUAGACAUUUGAGUCAGUUUUAAAUGACUAAACUGUUUUGUUUUGUAAUUUAAACUGAUUGAAAUGAUCCUUGUCUUGCUACUGAAGCUUUUAGACUGCAGGUAGCCAUGUCUUGCCCUUAGUAGCCAUCAUAACCUCCAACGAUACACCUUCCAGUCCUCAUGGCUGUAGAGUUGGUGUGCCUCAUCCUGCAGGAGCGCCACAAAUCCAUCCUACCUCAGUGUGUAACACGUCGAUAUGUGAAGGGUUUCAUUCCAAAAAGCUAUGUAUUCUCAUUCAGAAAAUCUCUAGUUUUUACAACAAUCCUCCGCGGUUAGAUGAAUUGCUUAAUAGCAGUCAUGAAAGCAACUGUAAAACCGUGUAAUUGCAAUUGUGAAUAUGUGAUUUUGAAAUGGAACUCGUACAGACUGACUUGGAUGUGGGUCUGAUGUUUUGUGGCGUUUGUGGAGUCGAGCUCGUGGUGGGUCGUUUGAAGAUGAGGGACGGACUCUGGAUGAGAAGGAUCUUAUUUUUUACACCUUCAAUCCCUGCAGUGUGGCCACAGCUCUUGUAAACGUGUGUGUGUAUGUGUGUGUCUAUGUUUCUGCAUGUGUAUAAAAUUGUGCACCUGUAUGUGAGGAAGAUAGACAUGUUGUAGAUUAAUUCCCUGUCACCUUUACUAGCACAGUGUCCUGUGUUUUAAGCUGCAGAGCUGAUUGAACCUCACUAUUUGAGCCUGGUUAUUUCCUCUCGUUGACAGAUUUGCCUCCAGCAGUUAAAAAGUGUGCAUGUUUUAGAUUUUUUUUUGGAUUUCACCUUACCCAGCACACUUCCUAUCAGAUUAUAUGUGAAAAGGGCACAGCUGUCCAUGGGACCAGGCUUGAUUAAAAAAGAAAAAAAAAAAAAAAAGGUUAAAAAAAAAGACACACAAAAAAAGCAAUUGAGUGACAUCAUCAGUUUAAAAAGGCAGACAUUUUUCUUUCUCUCCAUCUUGUCACUUUUGAGCACUUUACAAACUGAGCAGUGAUGGCAGGAGUGCUUUCUUCACAUUAGAUUAAAAAUAUAUCGUGUUUCAUUUGCUAUACGACUACAGUAGAAAUAUACAGAGUAAAAAGUAUAUAUACACCUGUAAUUUUUGAGUAUAUAUGUACAAAUCCAUAGCUAUUUUGUAUAUUGUUGCUUCUUCUUUCUGUUUAAUUCAAAUGCAAGCAUGUUUGGUGUCUGUCACAGACCUCUUUGCAUUCUCAGGUGAAGUUGUCCUUUGUUUUUGUUUUUUUGUUAUUUUUUUAUUUUAUUUUUUUUAUUUUACAUUUAUUAGGCUAGUGUGUGAGGAGGGGUAAAACUGGUUUUAAUGGAGACUAGAUUUUAGAUGCCCUGUUUUUAAACCCAUGAUGGACUGUAAAAGAAAAAGCAGUUUUCUUUUGGUUGAUCACUUUUACGUAUUAACACACAAGUACCUUCAUAGGAGAACAUGAAUGGCCAUAUUUGGUUCUCUGGAGGUCUGAAUGCUCGUUGACGCCUCAAAUACUCAGAACUGCAAAUGUUCGGGGUUGACUGCUGCUGAACUCCUGGGUGCUACACACGAAAAAUGGUCAAUCAAAAUGAAAAGUUGCUUUAAAAAAACCAGCGAGGCAACAGUGAGGACACCUCCAUCCAAAGAAAACCCUCUGCAUGAAUGGAUGCUCAUGAAAUAAAGCCUAUUUAUUUGCAUAAUUAUUAUUCUUAGAAGAUGUUUUUGACUUGGAAAAAAUCAGUUAAAUGUUUUUUUUAUGUAUGCUGCCUGCAUUUAUUUGUAACCAUGAACAGUUUGUCAGCUGGUACUCAGAAAGCUUGAGUUUUUUAUUUUGAUUUUGUAGUCAUCAUCAGAUAAAACAAAGCAGAUCACUUUGAAGUUGUCAUCUUUGUACAGUUACAGAGAAUUUAUUUGAUUUUUUACCUUUAAUAACGUGACUCAGAGGCAGGAAAAUAGAUGCAUUACAGUUUUUUUUGUUUUUGUUUUUUUUUGCACAUGUUAUGCAUACUUGGGCUCCAAGUUAUAAUCAGACACUUCCUUCUAUUUACCAAAUAGUUAAUGGACUGAUUUUUAAAAAAAAUGUAGAUAAUGCAUAUAUAAAUAUAUACACACACAUGAUCUUGAUAUGCACACAUGUAUGUUUGUCCAGUGCACACAGUCCACGUCUGCUCUUUGCUACUUUUUGUUGGCACCAAGUUUUCUGGCUGGUUCAGUCUUCAGUGCAAAAGUUGCUUGGGUUGAGUGCUUCCAGACGAGGGGAAAUCACACUUCUCCCUGCUUAAGCAGCCAAAUUGGACCAACUUCCUCGACAAUUUUGCAGAUUAUUGGUUGUUUUUAUUUUAUUUUCUCAAGCUUAGAACGUCUGCGAUAUAAAGGAGAUGUUCGUCUCCUGAUAUGAUGAAUCUGAUUGAAUCGAUAGAGAGCCAGUGGUCAAAUUGGAUUAACUGGUUAAAAACCACAAGCUUUGUAAUGUUUAGCAAACUCUCUCCCCACGCUUUUAAAUUUACAGGAUUUUGUGUAAGUGUGUGUGUGUGUGUGUGUGUGUGUGUGUCAGUGACUUUUGAUUGAACUCAGUACAAAACAGAAAAAAAACUUCUUUUUUAACUGCACCAUGUUUUAUUUCUUUUGAUUUCCUAUCUGUUUUUGUAUUUAUUAUUACAGUAUACGUGUUCAUAGUUUUUCACAUCAGCUGCUCUGUGAGCUUGUAACUGACACCUGUACAUAAGGACAGUAAAGAAGCAAAGUAAUACACUUCUUGUACCCUUGCAGAAAGCUGAGCAAUAAAACUAUGCUGUUUGGACCUCA